UUGUCAGUCAAAGUGCUCAUAGUAAAAAUGAUGUUAUUAAAUUGUUUUAAAUAUAAAAGAAAAAUAUUUCAUGUACGUGAUUACACAACAACAACGAAGGGCAAAAAACUUAAUGUUUUAUUUUUUGGUAAAGAUACAUUUUCCUUGCCGAGCCUAAAGGUGUUACACAAGCAUAGUGACGGGAACUUAGGGGUAGUGUCAUCAUUUAAGAGUCCUGCAAAUUGUGUGCGUUUAUAUGCAGAACGACAGAAUAUACCACUGUAUAAAUGGCCCCUAACAACAGACCAGUGCAAACCCUAUGAUUUGGGUGUAGUUGUAUCAUUUGGUCAUAUGAUACCUACAAAAAUUAUUCAGGCAUUUCCUUUAGGUAUGAUUAAUGUCCAUGCCAGCCUUUUACCUCAAUGGCGGGGAGCAGCGCCUAUUAUUUAUGCCCUCAUGAAUAACGACAAAGAGACCGGGGUGAGCAUUAUGCGCAUAGAACCAAAGCGUUUUGAUAUUGGAGAUAUUUUCGCUCAAAAAUCGGUUAAAAUAGAACCAGAAACUUUUAUGCCGCAUCUGCACAAGAAGUUAUCACAGGAAGGUGCAGAUUUACUAUGGCAAGUCAUUGCAGGCUACCCGUCAAGUUUUGAGAAUCCUCUUAAACAAAGUGAUGAAAAUGCAACAUAUGCUCCCAAAAUUACUGCAUCCAUAUAUGAAAUCGAUUGGAAUCAUUUAACCGCCGCAGAAGUUUGCAACAGAUAUAGAGCCUUAUAUGGCUUUAAGUCAUUAACUUCGAAAUUCCAAAUGAAAACCAUUGAAUUAUUGGAAUUAAGUAUGCCACCUGAAAACUCAGAUCAACAUCUUUCAAAGCCAUUACCUGCUCCAGGAUUUCUGACAUAUCACAGAGAACGUAAAUGUUUAAGGGUACAAUGUGCCAAUAACACUUUCGUGGAAGUUCAUCGCUUGAGGGUGGAAGGCAAAAAGGCUAUGAGCGCCAUGGAUUUUAAUAAUGGAUUUUUAAAAAAAUUGCAAAAAUAUGAAAUGGAAUUUCAGUAUAAUAAAACUGCUGUUUCUUGUUAGCAAACUUA